AACUGAAACCAAAUAGAGGGCAGCGCUCCAGAUAAUAAAUAUUAGAAUAAAAGACGCGCUUUUAUUUCACAUAUGACAAAAUGUCGGUGGCAUUUUCGUCGGCGCGCCCCAGGAGUAAAGGGGAGGUGACGCAGCAAACCAUCCAAAAGAUGUUGGACGAAAAUCACCACUUAAUACAGUGUAUCAUGGAUUACCAAAGCAAAGGGAAGACAGCUGAAUGCACACAGUAUCAGCAGAUCCUGCACAGAAACCUUGUUUACUUGGCCACAAUAGCAGAUUCAAAUCAGAACAUGCAGUCACUACUACCUGCGCCUCCCACUUCCAAUAUGUCCAUGGGUCCCGGCGGGAUGGGUCCCAGUGGAGGACAUGUUCUGAGCAACCUCAACGACGCCAUGGCACCACUGCUGCCCCCCACAUCCGUAAUGCCGAGCCAAAUGAGCAACAGCCCCAGCCAUGCCCCCAUGCAGCAGCAGCAGCAGCAGCAGCAGCAGCAGCAGCAGCAGCAGCAGCAGCAGCCGUCUGGUCAGGUGCAGUCGUCUAUUCCCUCGACAUCCCUCAGCAGCUACUCUAGCUCAGCCUCUGCCUCCGGCUACAGCCAUGCUACACCUUCCUCCCAGGGCAGCAUGAUCCAGGGCCCUGGUCCUGGCUAUGGCUCUUCCUCUACAUCCUCCUCUUCUUCCUCCUCCUCCUCCUCCUCCUCCUCCUCCCGCAGCAACCUCAACAUGCAGUCCAACCAAGUCUCCAUGAUGCACCAACAAUCUGCCACUCCACAUUACUCCUCAGCUCAGGCUGGGGGCCAGCACUAUCAGGGACAGCAGGCCAUGGGCAUGAUGGGACAGAGCGGUCAAGGAAACAAUCUGAUGUCUCAGAGGCCCAUUGGAUCUUACCGCUCUUCACAGCAAGGAUCUGCACAGCAGUACAUGGGACAAGACGAGUUCUACGGCGAGCAGUAUGGACACACUCAGAGCUCCAGCGAGCCCAUAAACCAGCAGUAUUACCCUGAUGGUCAUGGGGAGUACUCUUAUCAACAACAGUCUACAUAUGGCGAGCAAGGCUACGACCGGUCCUUUGAUGAAUCCUCACAGCAUUACUAUGAAGGAGGUAACUCUCAGUACAGUCAACAGCAAGCCCAGUAUCAGCAGAGCUCUGGCCAGCAGCAGCAGCAGCAGCAGCAGCAGCAGCAGCAGCCGCAGCCGCCGCCGCCGCCCUUUGGCCAGCAGCAGUACUCCUCUCAACAAGGCUACGCCGGUCAGACACAGGGAUAUGGACCUGGCCAGGGCGGAUCCUCUCAGUAUGCUCAGUAUCAGCAGGGUCAAAGCCAACAGUAUGGUUCUUACCGCUCAUCCCAGGGAGGCCCUGGUGCACAGACGCAGAGGCCCUAUGCCUAUGAACAGGGUCAGUAUGGAAAUUAUCAGCAAUAAAGUACGACGUUGUUUUCCCUCCUGGUGCUGAGCUCAGCUUUCCUGUGGAUUAGAAGAUCUGGCUGCAUCAGAUUUAUUAUCAUUUCAUUGAUCAUGAGUCAUCAGUUUUGCAGAAUUUGUCAAAAGAAAUUGGAUUUGUGUCUGUUUUACUCACUAUAAUGAGGUCCUAGCAGGUAGACUAAGAUGUACAUUGUGACUGGUUACCAACAAAAUAUCAGGUAGCUUGUACAAACAAAGUCAUUCUGCCAUAUUGAUCAAUUACAAUUAUUGUCUUUAUCGCCUGCUUUUUACAAGCCUUUUUUUGUGUCAAUGUGGUUAUGAAUAGAAAAAUGGCCUUGAAGGAAAAUGCUUCAUCAAAUCUGGCAUUUAUUCCUCAUAGACACACUGUUACAUCUCACAACUAUGGAGAUUUGUCUUGUGAAGAUGGAAACGUUGGUCCUUAAAUCUGACUCGAUCAGGUUAGUUUGUCUGUGUUGGUCUAGAUAGUGAUGUCCCGCUGUGUGUGUCUAACAUUCCGUGUUUUCUGUCUACAUUAUGUCUACACAGAUGAUAAGGUGACUGAGCAAGACUUUGACGUGUAAAUCGCUGUCCAUGAUAAUCAUGCGUUGUGGUAGUAUUUUUGACACCUGGUUUUCAGUGACAUUUCCCCGUAUAGCGGAAGUGUUACGCUACUCUGAUGCCACUCAGUUAGGAUUUUUACAGAAGGAGACAUUGUCACUUUGUCUGCACUUUAUUUUGCAGUGACAGAUGUAAUGUUUGAUAUUUUUGUCUUGUGCAAUAUUUUUUUUUUUCCAAAACAAAUGAUCCUCAAAAAGCCAAAGCAACACAGGAAAAGUAGUUACACGUCCCACACCUCCUUCAAUAAGUGCAAUACACUUGGGUUGGUUCUUAUGAACUCUUACCAAAUCUUACCUUUCGUAGCUUCUCGACAUAACACGAUGGUUGUCUUGUGUUUCUUUUUAAUGUUAUGUUGUGGAAUUCAACUUUGACCUAUUUGUGACUCAUGAACAGAUUAUAGUAAUUCAGAUUAUUGUCAGUGAAAACUUUAACCAUCUGCGUCUGAAUUAGAUGAAGGAAAUAGUGAAAAAUUUGACAAAUGAAGGUUGAAGGUUAGUUCUUGCACACUUUUUACCUACCUGCCUGCCUGACUACCUACUUAAGUACCCUCCUACCUAUCUACAUACCUUACAGACCUAAUGCCCUACCAUUCUACCAUUCUACCUACCUACUCUUCAACCUAAGUACCCUCCUACCUACCCUGCUACCUAAUUAACUACCUAUGUAUUCUCCUACUCAAUUACUACCAACCUAAUUACACACCUACCUACUUAUCUAUUCUUCCUUAGCCACCCAUUUUUCUUUCUGUCUAUAUUUGUGUAGGAUCAUGAAGGGGAUCUAUAAUAAUGUGUUGCUCGAUUAGAUUUUUUAAAUUUAUAAUAGGUCAGACACAUCAUCAUUCACUUUCACGGUUUAUCAGUGUGGCUGUGAGGGUUCAGCUUUGCAGUAUAUAUCCUGUCCCAACUCAACGUACCUCAGAAGGGUAAACUAACACAGGGUUAAAGACAAAUGAGAGAUAUCUGGCUGUCAAACAGCUAAAUAACUAUAUGUACCACUCAACAGGGACAAUCACAGGCUUCUCUAGACUACAAUGAAUCUGUAUCAGUGUUUCUUUUUUUUUUUAAUGUGGCCUGAAAUGCAUACGGCAAGUCUAUUCCAGUUGUCUGUCGUGUGUGAUCGCUGACGUGAAUUGUAUGCCUUGUUUGUAUGUGUGUAUGUUUGCAUGAAUGCUGGAGAGAGAAUAUGCGAAAGAGAUGCAGUGAGUGGGAGAAAGUAUAGUUUGGUUUGUUUAAUCCAAAUAUGAAUGUUCUCUACUGUACUUUGUAAGACUGCGUUGCCCGAUCUUUUCUGCUUGUAUUUUGUUACUGUUUGUUUUAUAAAAAUAAACUUGACAUCCACCUUU